AUGCAAUUCUCUCAGCUAAUCUUUCUUGUUUCUACCUUGGCGGCUUUGACGACCGCCGAAUCCUGCACAUGGACAUACCGAAGUGUCCCCGAUGCCCACCCAAAGCCAGGCGCUUACAAAAACUCCGGCAAGCUCGUACUAAGUCGUAGUUGCGAGGUUGACGGGCCGGUGUACAGCGACGCUGAGCUGGAUUUGAACCUGUGCCUUGAGAACAAAAAUGGGAAGUUAAUCCCCGGCAAUAAGUACUCUACCCCUACUAUCGAGUGCAGUGAUUGUGGGGACGCGAUGGGCUCAGUUUCUGUUAAUAUCGAAAUAGAUACCUUUGCCAAAUUCGAGGGAAAGAACGGACAAGACGCCGUUACCCAGUCUGUCACUGCAACAACUUGGACUUCGACCUUCCAAGAAACUCCUGUUCCUACUGCCUCUUGA